CGGGAAUUGCCCCUUUUGGAAUAUCAUACAUGAUACGGAUGCUCACGAUCACGAUAGGCGCCAUUUUUUUCUUAAGCCCCCAAUCGGCCUGAGCCUACAGUCUGUAUACCGGCAGCCGUCUAUUUUACUCGCAGUAUUGUGCCAGAGUUAUCGUAGAGAUUUAAAUAUCUUCUCACGCCCAAUCCCUCUAGCACAGCUAUUUCCCUCUCGCAAGUAUUCCCAGUCUUCUUCCCUUUCCGCUCCGGCAAUACGUUACCAACCAGAACAUGUUACCCUACUUAUCCUACCUCAGCACCACUGUGCUCGGUCUUGUACACGGUCCGCCAAGCCUGAGCUUAACCGCCGUGACCGGGAGGAACAACACGUCCGUCUUUGAAUGCUGGCAGCUUACCUCGCCGUUUACCAAAACGGCGGGUGCGGACGUGCUGCGAAUGGGUGAUAUCGCAAAUGCGUCGUAUUACAGCAUCCCGCCGAGAAUCGACGGCGGGCGGCACCCGGGGCCCGCAAAACAAUAUAUCUGGGUCAUCAGCGGCCUUAUGCAUAUGUCCUUGCCGAACGCCACGGAUGAAGUAAUCGUGCACGGUGGCAGAUAUGGGCUCAUGUAUAUCGACGACACGGCGGAUGUCUCGGCUGGGGGUCACAGGUCGAUGUUUCCGGGAGACGACGAAACGAUUCUCCUUAUGAUUCCUGUUCGGGGUGGGAUUAACCCUCCCCAUUGGGUUUUAUAUGAUGGACCCUGCAGGAUUGGGGCGGCGCCGGUUGGUACCGGAGAAUGGACGCCGCUGGACCCGUGA